AUGUCACAUGUAAAAGGUUCUGAGGCUCCUCAAUGGCCGCUUUCGUCUGUUCCUGACCGUUUUUCUGUCUCACAACUGCUCUCCUCUCUCACCGUCCCCGCCUCUGCAGGCACGUGGAUCGCAUAUCUGGCUCGAGGCCACCACCAGGCGGCGGGUUUCGAUCUUCGGUUUGGUCUAAUUUCGGCUCAAUCUGGCGCCGCGGGGGGCAAAGCAGCAGCACAGGUGGCGCACUGGCCAGCACCCGCGGUGGCAGACGCAUUGCAGAGCGCGGGCGAGCUGUUUGGAGUGCCACGUGGCGAUCAGAGCGACGAGCAGGACGAGGCUCGGCGGGUAGCGGCGGGCGUGUUCGUGGCAUCGUUGGAGUCGACGUCAGACACCGAGUCCCUCGUGUCUCUCGAGGAGCAGCUGCAACAUAUGCGACAAGAGCUCGCCGCUGCGCGCGCCCAGGUGCGCGCAUCGGAGACCCGUGUGCGGCAGACGCUGGACCGGAUGGCGGAGCUGGAGUCGCUCGUGCAGACCACGCGCGUCGUCGACCCUCUUCCCAGGGAACCCAGCAGCAGCCAGGGGGAUGCGGCGGAGGGUGGCGCGCCGAGUGCUAGCCUGGCGGUAGUGGAGAAGGCGGACGCGAUUCUGGCCGCGGAGCCCGCGGAGCUGCAGAGCGCCGCUGAGACGGCGGCGUCGCAGGGGCGCGUGGCGAAGGGGAAGCAGAAGGGGAAGGCCCCGCGGCGCACGAAGCUGGACACGUCGGGGCCGCUGCCCAAGUACGCGUCCACGCUCAAGAACUUCUGGUUCCCCGUCGCCUUCUCCAAAGACGUCGACGCCACCACGCUGAUUCCGUUUGACUGCUUCGAGGAGCCGUGGGUGGUGUUCAGGGGCCCAGACGGCAAGCCAGGGUGCAUCCGGGACGAGUGUGCGCACAGGGCAUGCCCUCUCUCCAUCGGCACUGUGGUGGAAGGCCAUGCUGUCUGCCCCUACCAUGGGUGGGAGUUCAAGCCGGACGGGCAGUGCACCAAGAUGCCAUCCACGCGCCUCACCAACGUGCGAGUGCGAGCGCUGCCGUGUGUGGAGCACGAGGGCAUGAUCUGGGUGUGGCCCGGCACCGCCACGCCCACCGACACCCUGCCCUCCACCAUGCCGCCCCCCUCCUACACCGUGCAUGCCGAGAUAGUGAUAGAGCUGCCGGUGGAGCACGGGCUGCUGGUGGAGAAUCUCCUGGACCUCGCCCACGCGCCCUUCACACACACCACCACCUUCGCCAAGGGCUGGUCCGUUCCCAGCCUGGUUCGUUUCAAGUCGGCAGCAGCGCAGGCACUGCAGGGCCACUGGGAUCCGUACCCCAUCGCCAUGGAGUUCCGCCCGCCCUGCAUGGUGGUGUCCACCAUCGGGCUCGUCAAGCCGGGCCAGCUGGAGGGGGAGGCCAGCGCGCAGGAGUGCACGCAGCAUCUGUACCAGCUGCACGCCUGCCUGCCGUCAUCACGCGGCAAGACACGGCUGCUCUACCGCAUGGGGCUUGACUUUGCCCAGUGGGUCAAGUUUGUGCCUUUCAUCGACAGACUGUGGAAGUCUCUGGCUAACCAGGUGCUGGACGAGGACUUGCGUUUGGUGGUAGGGCAGCAGGACAGGAUGAGACGUGGUGCAAAUGUGUGGAACCACCCUCGGCGCAAGCUGGUGGAGCGGCUGGGGCCCGUGUGGAGCGACGGCGAGCUGCGCGCGUUCUACCGCCUGCUGCGCGCCGAGGGGAAGAACUGGCGCAAGGUGGUGGCGGAGUUACCGGGGCGAACGGAGGAGAUGGCAGAGGCACUCUUCAACAUGAACAGGGCGUACCUAUCGUUGCCAGAGGGAGCAGCAUCGGCGGUGGGGCUCGUGGCCAUGAUGACAGAUCACUACUCCAUGCUCGUACGCCCCUCUCCUGCCCCACCCUUGCAUGCCCCCUUCCCUGCCCGCUUCCUGCCUGCAUGUUUAAUUCUCUUUUGCCUCCCCAGAUACCGCACUUCCCCUGCUCCCACCCUUUACCUGCUCACCUUCGCGCGAGCUACCACCAUUGCACCUUCCAACACUGCUCCUUCCCCCCUCUUUGCCCCCAAUCCCCCCACACCCGUCCAGGAGGAGAGCGCGGAACAAGGGGCGGAGGAGCAGGAGGCGCAGCAGUGGAGCGUGGGGAGAAGCACGGGGUCCAGUGCGGGGCGAGGGGGCAGCGAUGGCGCCGUGAAAGGGAGGGAUGUGCGGGGGGCAGCAGCAGCAGCAGCAGCAGCAGCAGCAGGAGGAGUGGCAGGCGGAAGGCAAUCGGCAGGUGUGUGUGCUGCUAAGGCACGUGUCUGUAAGUACCUGCGUGAUGCUUUCUAUCCCGGAGCUAAGGCUCGGUCGGCGGUUGCUGUGGUGGGUGGCGUGGGGGCGAGAGGGCGAGGCGCGGCAGAGGAGGACGAGAAGAGACGCUCUGAGGUGGCUGCUGGUUUGCGGGUGUCACUGCGCCCACAGCAGCAGCAGCAGCAGCAGCAGCAGGAACAGGAGGUGAAGGCAAGGGCAGAGAAGGAGGAGGAGGAGGAGAAAGAGAGCAGAGCAGAUGAGGCAGGUAGCAGGUUGGCAGGGGUGCAGAGGCGUGGAGAGGAGAAAGGAACAGGGAAAGAGGAGAAGGUUAAGGGGAUUGAGGAGAGGAGGGAGGAGAAGGGCGGUGAUGAGGGGAAGGAGGCGAAGGAUGGUGAAGAGAGGAAGGAGGGGAAGCAGAGGAAGGAGGGGAAGGAAGGGAAGGAAGGGAAGGAGGGGAAGGACGGGAAGGAAGGGAAGGAGGGGAAGGACGGGAAGGACGGGAAGGACGGGAAGGACGGGAAGGACGGGAAGGACGGGAAGGACGGGAAGGACGGGAAGGACGGGAAGGACGGGAAGGACGGGAAGGAGGGGAAGGGGGGCAAGCGCAAGGCGAAGGCAAAGAGGAAGGGAGUUGCAGGCGGGGCAGAGGUGGGGGCCGAACCUGGUGGGCAGGGAGGGCAGGUGGGUGGCGUGGGUGAUGGGGGGGAGAGGGAGGCGGGGCAGCAUGCAGGAGAAGGGGGCCGAGUUGGGGGAGAUGGAGAUGGAGGGGGAGAAGGGGCCGCGAGGGGAGAAGGGGCUACGAGGAGAGAAGGGGCUACGAGGAGAGAAGGGGCUACGAGGAGAGAAGGGGCUACGAGGGGAGAAGGGGCUACGAGGGGAGAAGCAGGAGCAGCGGGGCAGGGGGUGCAGGAGGCUAUGGGUAGUGGUGGGGGGGAGCAUGCAAUCAGUCUUUUCCACGGCCACGUGCCACCUGCCCCGCAGCCGAGCCAGCAGCAUGAGGCGGAGGGGGCGGGCGGGGCAGGAGGUGCAGGGAAGCAGCGCGCAGCAGACAAGCAGGGGGGUGAGGCGAGGGCGGGAGAAGGGGCGCAGGGCAGCAGGGAGGCGCCCAGAGGGGCAGGGCCUGUGCCGAGGAAGGCAAAGAAGAGUAAGAAGAUCAAGGCAGGAGGGGGCAAUGAGAGGAAGGAGGGAGGCGCGGCGAAUAAGGACAAAAGCAGCCAGCCGGAGCAGGCAACAGGGCGGCCACGCCCUCCCGCCUCGCUCCCUGUGCCCGGCCCCUACCCUCUGCUGCCGCCUCCCUCGGUGCCCCCUCUGCCCGUGCCAGUCGCCUUCCCUGCCCUCCCUCCCACGCCCGCCAUGCCCUUUGCUGCUCCUGCCCUUGCCGUUCCUGCAGCGGCAUCGGCAGCAGGAGUAGCGGUAGCGGCCGGAGCAGCAGCAACAGCAGUGCGAUCCCCUCGGCCGAGUGCCUUCAAUGUGGUGCUGCCGAACAUGCCAGGUGCCAUGCCAGGUGGAGUGGGUGGUGCUGCAGGUGGAGGCAUGGCCGUGGGUGCUGCCCCUGCAGCAGGUGCAGGGGGGGCAGCGAGGGCGGAGGCGGAUCCGCUAGACGACAUGCUGCGGCGCUUCCAGCACGCUGCAGCCGCACACGCCAGCGCCACCACCAGCAGGCCUGGCAGUGGCAGCAGCACCACCAGGGCGGGCAGCGGUGCAGUGGCGGGCAAGGGCGGGUCAGUGCCUGUGGUGGUUGGUGGUGGCGGCGCGCAGGGCAGCAGUGGCAGGGCCGUGGGGGCUGUGGGGAAAGGGGCAGGGGGUGCAAGGCAGGGGGUGGGAGGGGAAGGGGCGAGGAGGGCAGGUGGAGGGGAGGCGGCUCGGCAGCAGGGAGGGGGAGGAGGAGGGGGGGUAAAGGCAGCAGGGGGUGCCAAGGGGGCUGUGAAGGCGAGGAGGAAGGCGGAGGAGGUGGCAGAGGGCGAGAAGAAGGGGCAGGGGAAGGUGAAGGAGGGGGCAGGGCCGGGCGCGGACGAGCAUGGCCCCCUCCCUCCUCACUCCCUCGCUUCCUCCGCCCCUCCAACCGUGCCUCCCCCGGUUGCCCCUGCUGCUGCAGGGCCAUGUGCGGCUGGUGGGGAGCAGGGCAAGGAGAAGAAGAAGGGAAAGGAUGGGGGGGCGAGGGAGAAGAGGAAGGGGAAGGAGGGAGGGGUGAGGGAGAGGCGGAAGGAGCAGGAGGGGGGAGUGGUGGAGGAGAGGGUGGUCCUCAAUUUGAUGGGGCGAGACGACAGGGAGGGUGCAGGCAGCGGCGUGAGUCCGGUGGAUUAUGUUGGGAUAGCUCAAGACUCAAGUGCAGCAGACACAGGGGGGCUUGUGCAGCAGCAGCAGCAGCAGCAGCAACAACAGCAGCAGCAACAGCAACAGCAACAGCAACAGCCAGUUACGGCACAGCUGCUGCCUCUUCUGCCACCCUCCCAGCACACUGCCACCACCACAGCAGCAGCAGUAGCAGCAACCGCUCCUACCAUGGGCUCUAGAACCAAUCUGCUAAGCUAUCCUCUCUCCCCCUCCUCCUCGCCUUCUCUCUCCCUCCGCCUCCCAUCCGCCCUGCCCCUCUCCCCCCGCCCCUCCGCAUCCCUCCCACCCGCCCCACACCUCUCAACCGCACCAGGGCCCCUGUUGCUCCAAAUGCCCCUUUCCAUACCCCCUGCACCGCCCGUAACCCCCACAGCCCCCACAGCCCCCACGCCCCCCAUGCUCCCCUUGCUCCCCAUGGGGCCCCCGCCCACCCACACUGGUAUCUCCCUGCACUCUGCUCCUCUGCGCCCGCCCCUCCCCAUGGACGGCGCGCAGGAGAGGGGGGGAGAGCAUGCGGCCGCGCAGCAAGGGGGAGGGGAGCAGAGGGGGGGCGCCACGUGGCUGCCUAUGCCACAUCAGCCUGUGCACCACAUGGCGCCACCUCAGCAAUACCAAGCAGCAGCAAGAGGAGGAAAAACGUGGGGCAGAGCGCCACGUUUAGCAGCACGGGGGGCAGGCAGGAGGAAGAGGCGAGUGGAGCUGUGGCAGGUGGGGAGAGAAGGCGGGGAGGGCGGAGAGAGCGGAGGGAACAAGGCACAGCAUGGGCCACAUGGCACAGCAGCGUGUGUCCCCGUGCCUGGGCAUGGGGAUGGGCGAGUGGAUGGGAUGGAUGGUACUCUCGCCCCGCCACCGCGGGUGUGUCUGGCAGUGCAGCAGUGGGCGCGCUGCGAGUUCUUCUACAGCGCCAUCGACCGCCCCUGGUUCCGCCACAGCGACUUCCACCGCUGCCUCGCCCUCCUCGCCGCCCCGCCUCCCACCGCCCUCCCGCGCACGCUCUGGCGCCUGCUGCGCUGCGCCAUGGGCAAGCCGCGCCGCCUCUCCCCCGCCUUCCUGGCGGAGGAGCGCGCCAACCUCAACGCCUUCCGUGCUGCCGCGCGCACCGCCCUCGCCACUGCCGCUGCCGCCGCUGCUGCUGGUGCGCCUGCAGGAGUGGCUGUGCAAGGGGGCGGGCAGGUGCAAGUGGGGGAGGCGGUACUGGCAGUGCACCCUGCCACGGGCGUGGUAGCAGCGGGGAGGGUGGUGGGCGUGGGCCAUGGUGGGGGGAGGGAGGGAAGGGAGUAUGGGGAGGGGAGGGGGGAAGGGGAGGCGGUGGUGGUGGUGCGCUUUGAGGAGGGGCAGCUGGGCACACAUGCAGUGGCUGAUGUGGACGUGGAUGUGCUGCCCUUGCAUGGCAUGCAUGGCAUUCCGGGAGAUGGGGGGCAGUCGAGGGAGCAGGAUGUGCGCGCUGUGGUGGAGGUGGCACGCUGCUGCGAUAAGAAGCUCCCCUUCACCCCCUCUUCUUCCUUCCCCUUCCCUUCCCUUCCGUCUCUCCCUUUUUCUCCCCUCCCUGCUGCCAACCAUGUGCUGCGUCCCGUCCCGCCCGUCUCCCCCCUUUCACAUCACGCUGCUGCCUCCCAGGCUGCACUGCUGGCGGAGCUGCAGUGCCUCAACGCACAGGCAGAGGGGUGGCUGGGGCAGUUGGGGCAUGCUGCGCUGCUGGCGGAGCUGCAGUGGCUCAACGCACGGGCAGAGGGGCAGCUGGGGGUGCUGCAGGGGAGGGCGGGAGAGGGGGCCCUGGCAGGGGGUGGGGUCGGGGGUGUGGCGGAGGGCGGUGUGGGGCUGGACGAGUCGUUUCAGCGGCAGUAUGCCGUGGUGCUGCUGCAGCUUAGAGACACAGACAAGCAGGUGAGGCAGACGGACAAGUGCGUGAGCGCACCAGCCGCGCCAGCAGCAGCGCCAGCAGCAGCAGCAGCAGCAGCAGCAGCAGCAGCAGCAGCAGCAGCAGCAGCAGCAGCAGCAGCAGCAGCAGCAGCAGCAGCAGCAGUGGACGGGGCUGGGCAGUUGGGAGAGGCGAUGGGGGAGGCGCAGGAGGAGGGCAAAGCGGAGGCGCGCUGGGAUGAGCCGAGCAGGGAACCAGGGGUAGGAGCAGAGCGCAGACAGGGGCACGAGAGGGGUGCGGGCGGAGGGGAAGGGGGGAAAAUGGAGCAGGAGGGUCAAGGAAUUCUCCAAGGGGUGGUGAGCGGGAGAGGGAGGGCGGUGGGAGGGGAAGAGGAGGGUGGCAGCGGGGAGGUGUCAGCGGGGGUGCAGCAGAUGAUAGGCGAGGCGCAGCAGAGGGCACAUGCCAUGGUGGCCGCUGCCCUGCACGCCCUCUCCCUCUGCCCGCCCACCGCUGACCCCUCGCUGCUCCUCUCCCAUGCUCUCUCCUCCCUCCCUCCGCCACACAUUCCCCCACCUCACUUCCCCUCGCCUCCACCCAUCUUCACCCCUGCAACUGGUAUCCCCCCACCCACCACCAUGCCUCCUGCGGCUCUUGCCACUGCUCCAUCUGCUCCUCUUGCUGCUUUCUCUGGUCCUCUUGCCACUGCUCCAAUGCAGCCAUUGCACCCACACGGAGCACCACAGGCAACUCAACAGACACCAGAGCAACAACACCACCACCCAUCACCCUCCCUUGCCGCCCCUGCGGCCCCAUCUGCUGCACCUGCAGCUGAUGCAGACAUCAUGCGACACCGCACUGAACCUCACCACACCGGACCCGCCCUGAGAAGCCCCGGCAAGCACCCCUGCCCCGUGCCAGGGGCAGGGGGGGGAGCAGCAGGGGCAGGGGGAGCAGGCGGAGCAGGGGGGGCAGAGGGAGCAGGGGGGCGGUGGGAGGAGGGGGUGGGGGCGAGGGGGCUGCUGUGUGCAUCAGAGGAGGGCGGGCUCCCCCCCUCCCUCCCCCCCGCCUCCCCGUCUGUCACCGUGCCUGCCUUCCCCCCAAGCACCUGCUCCCCUGCUCCACCCACAGCAGCAGCAGCAGCAGCAGCAGCGGGCGAAGCAGGGCAUGUGAUCAGCCCGCACCGGUCCUCCACCACCAAGGCCAGACCCCCUCCUCACACCCUCCGCCCCCCCACCUCCCCUCGGAGCAGCACCGCGCGUGCUGCUGGCAGUGCUGGUGGCGGGGGAGAGGGGGCGGGGGGGAAGGAGGGGCUGCAUGAAGCAGCAAUGGCGCAUGGGGUGGUGGGAGGCGAGAGGGAGGAGGGGGGUCGGAGGGAGGAGAGGGAAGGCUGUGGCAGUGGAGGCGCGGAGGGGCAGGUUCGGGCUUCUGGUGCGGCGGGGGACGUGCGGACGAUCAUGCAGCAAUGCCUCGCCUCCCUGCUGCUUGUUCAGGUACUGUGA